GAAGCGGACCCUGUCCGCAAAUGUGUUGAGUUAUUUGUCGCGCACACAGGUGUGGACUUUGCUUCCAACCUGCGUCCAUUCCACUCGUUUCCAUCUGCUUUCCUUUUAACAAGUAAUUAUCACUCCCCUCCCCCUUUCCGGAUCAAUCCACAGAAACGAUGCCCGCUCUUCCCAACACUCUGAGUUUCUCGCAAUCCCGUCGAUGGAUUGUCAAAUUAGCGUCCACUCUCCCCGACAUACCCUUCCACUGGCAGCGAGGCCAACCGCGUCGGUUAGUUUCUAGGACGGCCACAGGAUGGGCUUCGAAGCUGUCGGUGGCAACCGAUUCGUCACCUUCUGGAGAUCAGGACAAAUCUGUAGCCUACCAGUUUGGUGCGCUGGCUGUGGGUGUUCUAUGUGGGGUCGCCCUCUUGGUGGUCAUUGUUGUGGCUUGGUUGUUUGUUGUUCGACGUGGCGUGCUUGACAAGGAUGUCGAAGAGACGACUCGAUACCUCUCCUUCCCAGCAACACGUUCAAAUCAACCAGCAGUAGCACUCAGACGACAAUCUAUGAAAAUCCGCAGUCCGUUGCAACCGAUUCAUCGUCGCUUGCUAUUCAUCCCUUUCCGCUUCUGAGGGAAAACGUGGUCCUGUGUCGGAGGCCAUUACUCAGCCUGAGCCUGCACGGGUACCACGCUCACGCGUGCCACCUAUUGUCGUACCGAACCCUCGCAGAGGUAGCUUUAGCA